AUGGCAACUUCAUUAGGCACAUUUGUGCAAAAUGCACCUAGAAUUGCCAGCAUAAGCAACUAUGAGUUUGAAAAACUUGGCGAGGAAAUGCACAUUCAUAAUGUUUUGGAGCUUUCACAAGAAUUGCCUAUUUCAAAUAUGAGUGAUAAAGAUGGUAAAUUCAAGAUACAAAACUUGAAGGUUGACGCCGCCGAACAAAUUGAUAGGUUAUCUGUCAAUGCUGGACAAAUUAUGCAGACACCUACUUCUAGAACUGUUGGUUUUCAAGUACGAGCAUCGGCGGCUUCUCGUGUUAAUCGUUUUGGUGGAGUUGGAUAUUCGCCUGAGGGAGUAUCCGAGUCUCAUGUUAAAAAGCGACUUUUGUCAUCUUUGAAUGUGACACACGAUCGCCUUGGCGUGGGAAGUGAGAUUUAUCGAAUAUGUUCUGAGUCUUGCAAUGAUAGCUAUAAUGCUCUACAUGAGUAUAAGAAGCUUCAUAUUGGAAGCUACGCCAAAUCAUCAACUGCAUUUAAUGAUUGUGAGACAACAAAAAUGAAGUCACAAACAGAAGCAAUGUUUAGACCUCAAGAAAAGACGUCAUCACCUCGCUUCCCUUUAUCUCCCUUGGGUAAAAAAUCUUGCACAAAUGAAAAAAUGGGAGAAUGCCGAGAUUUUGAUACUGUGUUGAGCAAUGCCAAUCUGUUAACUGCUGAUAAUAUCAUUGAUAUGAACGAGUAUUGGACUUAUCCUGCUAGCUUUCCUCCUCGGCAUGGGAAGUUACGUAGACCGGUGAAGAGGCUGCCAAUUAGAAGGUCACUAGUUGGUUCGUUCGAGGAGUCGAUAUUAUCUGGUCGUUUACUGUCUGAGAAAGUUAGUCAGAAAAUUGAAGGCUUUCUUGCUAUGCUGAAUGUAACCGGAGGAAAUUUCUCGCCUCAAUCACGAAAAAUUCCAUUUGCAGUAACGAGUGUAGACGGAGACAAAUACCUACUUUAUUAUUCUUCAAUUAAUCUAUCGGGAAAGAUAUUUUCAAGCAAGUCUCGAGUAACUAAAUGCCAGAGAACACUUGGCACGAAUGAAUCACGAUAUGAAAAGAGACGUAUUCGUAUACCUAUAAAAGGGCGAAUUCAACUGGUUCUCAGCAAUCCAGAGAGAACACCGAUUCACACCUUCUUCUGCAAUUAUGAUUUAAGCGACAUGCCAGCUGAUACCAAGACAUUCUUGCGGCAAAAGAUCACUUUAGCCUCGUCUAGAUCGAUGUCUACGACUGGAAAAGAAAUUCAAAUAGAUUCUGAUACUGAUGCUAAGUCCUCAAGCAGAUGCCUUGUUGACGAAGACACAUUUCUUAACGGUUCUACAAAGAUCAACGACAAUUCUACUAACAAUUGCGUCUUGCUUUAUGCUCUUCAUCUUCGCUUUAUGUGCACCUUGCCUAAGAAACGUACGAGAUCUGUUCCUACACACAAAUCCGACCCUGUUUCUUCAGAAGCAAGAAAACUUGUAGACAACGAAGACGAAAGAAGUUUCUAUAUGUAUGAUGAUAUGAGAGUCGUGUUUCCUCAGCGUCACUCAGAUUCUGAUGAGGGCAAGUUGCAUGUAGAAUAUCAUUUCCCAUCUAAUCCAAAAUACUUUGACAUCAGCAGCUAA